AUGAAACGUCGUUCACUUUCACCUCGCGAACAUCCUACUGCAGUGCGUUAUCGGUCACGAUCGCCCAUGCAGCAAGAUAGCAGGAACAGGGGAUCUCUCGCGGCUAAGUCUAGAGCGGAAUUGGUACAAUCCAUUCAAGCAGAAAAGGCAGUAGCGGAAAGCCUUGAGGCAUUAGCCCAACAAGCCAGGCAUGAACAAUGGGCACUGGAACGCGAGCUAUCGGACCUCGACAAGAUGGAUGACGACGAGCCCUAA